UCUCUCUCUCUCUCUCUCUCUCUCUCUAUAAUUAGCACACAACUCAAAACUUCGAUACUCAAUCGAACUAUCCAUAUCUGCAAUGGCUCGUGUGGCUUCAAACCCAGUCGGGCUCCACAGAUUCCGGCCAUGUUUCCAAACUGCUCAACUUCCCCAACAACUCAGAGCCUUCAUUCCCCCCCGGACCAACCACCACCGCAGAUUUCAGACCGUUGCUUGCCAGAAAACCCCAACUCCCAGUGACCCCUCCACCUCGGAAAAGUCGCCUGUUGAGCCAGUUUCUGGUAAUGAAGUGAGUAGCACCGUUACGAGUUCCUCAACAGACUCUGGCAUUCCCAAAUAUCCGAACAAAACUUCCAACAGGCAAGUAGCGGUGGUUUCUACUCUUGCAGCAUUGGCACUUUUCUUAUCAGGACGGCUCGACUUGGGUGUUUCUUUGAAGGACCUCACUGUUGCUGCAUUACCUUACGAAGAGGCUCUGUCAAACGGCAAGCCUACUGUUGUUGAGUUCUAUGCCGAUUGGUGUGAAGUAUGCAGGGAAUUGGCUCCGGAUGUGUACAAAGUUGAGCAGCAGUAUAAGGGCCGUGUAAAUUUUGUUAUGCUCAAUGUUGACAACACAAAGUGGGAACAAGAGCUUGAUGAGUUUGGUGUUGAGGGUAUUCCACACUUUGCGUUCCUAGAUAAAGAGGGGAAUGAAGAGGGCAAUGUAGUAGGCAGGCUCCCAGAAAAGUACUUGCGAGAGAAUGUGGAUGCCCUCUCACGCGGAGAAGCCUCCAUACCUCAUGCCCGUGUAGUGGGACAGUAUUCCAGUGCUGAAAACAGAAAGGUUCACCAAGUUGUUGAUCCAAGAAGUCAUGGAUAGGUGUAACUUCUUUCAGUGGAUAACUCAUUUUGUUGUUAAAAAAACUGCAUCAGAGAGGUAAUCAUCCUCAACAUGAUAUAAUCUUCUAAUUACAAACAAAUUUACGUAUAUAAAUCAGAAACAGUUAGCUUUUUGAAUUGGUGUUCAAGUGUUUCCUCCUAUGCCCCUCUUUCAGUUGUUCAAUUUUGUCUAUGUAAAGUCUUUGUUGUAACCCUAAAAAAGAAUGACAUUGGAGCUAAUACAUUAAGAUUGAAGCAACCUUUUUCGGUUUUGAUUUA